GGGGCUGGCGGGGCUUAGGCCAGCCUGGUGCAGGGGUCUGCGGGAGCGUGGCACGGAUGAAGCAGGGAUCCCAGGUAUAUUAGUUGGAGUUUCUGUAGAUGGAAAGGAAGUCUGGUCAGAAGGUUUGGGCUAUGCUGAUGUAGAGAACCGUGUGGUGUGUAAGCCAGAGACUAUCAUGCGCAUUGCCAGUAUCAGCAAGUGUCUUACAAUGAUGGCUGUUGCUAAAUUGUGGGAAGAGGGGAAACUGGAUUUAGAUGCUCCAGUGCAGAAAUAUGUCCCUGAAUUUCCAGAAAAGGUCUACGAGGGUGAAAAGGUCGCUAUUACCACCAGACUGUUAGUUUCACACUUGAGUGGGAUUCGUCACUAUGAAAAAGAUAUUACAAAAGUAAAAGAAGAGAAGGAAAAGGCAAACAGAGAACUUAAGCUAACAAAAUCCCAUCAGGAUAAAGAACAAAAAGAAGGUAAAGGGAUUGAAAAAACUGAUUGUGUCAAACAGAAGAAGGAACAUGAUAGUGAGAUGAAAAGCCAAAAUUCAAAGCCUGGCAGGAAGGACAAGGAGUUUGAACAGGAGGAGUAUUAUUUGAAGGAAAAAUUUGAAAGUGUGAUUGAAUCACUGAAGAUAUUUAAAAAUGACCCUUUAUUCUUUAAACCAGGUAGUCAGUUCUUGUACUCAACGUAUGGCUUUACUCUCUUAAGUGCUGUUGUGGAGAGAGCUUCAGGACAAAAAUUUACAGAUUAUAUGCUGAAAAUGUUUCGUGAUUUGGAUAUGCUGUCAACUGUUCUAGAUGACAAUGAAGCAAUGAUAUAUAACAGAGCAAGAUGUUACAUUUACAACAAAAAGGGACGGCUGGUAAAUGCACCAUAUGUGGACAACUCCUACAAAUGGGCUGGUGGUGGCUUUCUGUCAUCAGUAGGCGACCUCCUGAAAUUUGGAAAUGUCUUGUUGUACAGUUAUCAAGCUGGACAAUUUAAAAACGGGAAUGCCAAACUUCUUCCAGGGUACCUCAAGCCAGGCACGGUUGCAAUGAUGUGGACUCCAGUGCCAAAAACAGAAGUGUCAUGGGAUAGGGAUGGUAAAUACGCAAUGGCUUGGGCUGUGGUAGAGAAAAACCAAGAGUAUGGCUGCUGCAGACAGCAGAGACACUACGCAUCUCAUACUGGGGGUGCUGUAGGGGCCAGCAGUGUCCUCCUCAUUCUGCCUGAAGAGCUGGACCCUGAAGCUGUGGGUACUUGGCCAGUGGCACCCCCGAGAGGAGUAAUUGUCACUAUUAUCUGUAAUAUGCAAUCGGUUUCGCUCAACAGUACUGCCUUAAAGAUUGCAACGGAAUUCGACAAAGAAAAACGGGCACAAUGCUGAAAGAGAUGUAGGAACUGAACUAGCUGUAUUAAAAAACAAAGAGAGAAGGGUGUAAUUUGACUUCAAGUUCACUAAGAAUAUGGGAAGAAAAAGCAUAAACAAUUCACUUAAUUAACCUCUGCUAGUGGUGCUAAACUUACAUCUUAACUGGAAUUCAUCUCUCAGGGAAGUUCCUAACUUACAGAAAAUGAGAAUGUAACAGUCAGUGGUGACUUUCUGUAGUACCUGUGUAAAUUAUCAUUUUAUUAGCAGCUUAUUUUUAUCAACUAGUGAAACACUUGACCAAGAGAAAAAAAUAGCCUUUUUUUUCACUAAGAAGUACAAAUUAUCUACCUUGAAUGUUAAACUUUUGAUAAGUUUCACAUGUUGAUUUAAGCACACAAAUAUGUUGCUUGCUAUUCUCACAGUUCCAGUCUGUUCCCAAAACUAUUCAGUAUUAAGUUUUAAAGAAAAAUUGUGUCACCAUUGCUUUUUUGUUUUCACAUACCACUUUCUUUAUUUGCUUAAAAAAAACAACAAAACCCAAACCUUGAAGCUGACUCCAGAAUGCAGAUUUAUACCAGAAGCAAGCUUUUAUCAGAGCUGUGGAUUAAGAACCAGAAAAGAAUGAAUCUAGAGCAAUGUAAGUAAAAAUCUUUGUUAUUUAGGUGUUCUCUCAUCCAUUUUUUUUGGACAGAGAAUGUGUGAAAUUAGUUUGCUGUGCAAUAAUGGUAUUAUUUUAGAGUCAAAUCCACCCAAAUAGCACAAUAUGGCAAUCUGUCCAACUGUCCCACUGUUUUUGAGUGAUACACAUGCUAUCUAGGUAGCCAGAAAUUGCACUGUAUUCUGUAGCAUAGAUACUCCCUUGUAAACAGGAAUUAGGAACUCAGCUCAAUACAGUUUAAAGCCCAUUCUUGAAGCUAGAAGUAGAAAUGUCACCAACCAAACACGGCCAUGGCAGCUGGACCACAGCUCUAAGUGCUGCAUCCAGGGGUGGGGACUCCACCACCUCUCUGGGCAGCUUCUUCCAGUGCCUGACUACUCUUUCUGUGAAGAAAUUCUUCCAGUUGUCCAACCUGAACCUCACCUAGUGCAGCUUGAGACCAAAUCCUCUUGUCCAUUCAACUGUUCCCUGUGAGGAGAGGCCAACCCCCUGGCUCCAGCCUCCCGUCAGGGAGUGGUAGAGAGUGAUAAGGUCACCCCUGAGCCUCCUUUUCUCCAGGCUGAACACUCCUUGCUCCUUCAGUUUCUCCUUGUCAGACUUGUGCUCCAGACCCUUCCCCCGGAGAAAGGUAGAAUGUCCACUGCCUUUUUCUGGACAUGCUCCUGCUCCUCAAUGUCUUUCUUGAAGUGAAGGGCCCAGAGCUGGACGUGGGACUAGAGGUGUGAGAUUUUCUAAUCUUCAGUUUUAUGAUGGGAAUAAAGUAGCAUCUGAAGUGUCCAUUUUAUAUAUUUCACAAUGGCAUGGAAGAUCUGUCAUCUCAAAUAUUUAUCCUCACCUCCCUUCCCCUGCAAGUUACAUUAGACAGUAUUUCCAGGCUGAGACAAAACAGAACCAUCUUUCAGGAAAGGUUUCAAUACUUCCUUUCCUGCACUGCUUAGCAGCCCUGGUUCUCCGAAUUUAAGGAGACAGAUGUCUUGGUUAGCAGCUAGCAGAAGAUAGCCCUACCUGCCUCUUUCCCAAACAAAUGUUUUUAGUAUUAUCUUCAUAGCUGUUACCUGUCCUAUGAUGAUACAGCAUUUGCCAUCUCUGUUCCCCCUAUGCCUAUGGUAAUAUCUAUUAUCCAAGAAACUGGGAAAUUUAAUAUUUUGAGGGGUAGGUGUUCUACCUACAUUUUUAAUUGGAGCUAGUAAGACUAGUUUAGUAUACUUUUCAUAACUAUAAUCACUACUGUAGUACCUUAAAAAUUGUUUGCUUGGGGUUUCUGGCCCACUCACCAAAAUUUCACUUUUUAAUUCAUUAAUAAUUUAUUGUCUUCUCAAGAGUAUCCAAUCAGUGAAAACAACAGAGAGAAUCCUUCUGAAUGAACUUUCACAUGUCAGGUAAUAAAUUAUCUCCUCUUUCUCUGAAGUCUUUAGUUUUGUCUUGACAGCUCCACUUUAGAAGUACUGGGGUUCUUGCCCUAGUCUUGAGCACCUGCUAGCUGGGGAAACAGCAGAAGUUAGUGUUAGUUUUAGACAGGGAACAAGAAUAAGAACUUCUGCUUUUGUGGUGAAUACCUGAAUAGAAAUAGACCAAACACAAUGUUUUAAAUACAGAAAAUCUGAAAAGUAACACUUUAGGAUUUUUAACAUAUGAUACACCUGUUUUGCAAAUGGUAUUUAUUAUUUUUGAAAGCCAUUUUGCAUACUUGACAGAAAACAAGUUUCACUUGCUGACUGUUGUGUGUGGAUUUAGACAAAGAUUGGGAAUGUAGAAGGUGUAGGUUUACUGUUAUGCUUGUUUGCAUAUGAAUAAACAUUAACAAAUGCAAAUAUUUGAAGUAUGUAUGAAAAUGAAAAAGGGUAAAAACUAAGGCAUUGCUAAUACCAUGAUAUUAAUGGCAGUAUCUCACUCCUCACAUAGAAUAUGUUUCACCGCCAAUUUUUUAUUUGCACACCAUGUUCUUUUAAGGCUUAAGGCUGUUCUUAAGGCUUUUUAAAAGCCUCUGAUGUUACAUGUGCAGUACUGGAGAUGCUCUGAUGUCUACAUUUCAUCUUCUAGUACCUGGAAGAAAAUCAGUCCCUGACAGUCUCUGCUUAGGUAUUAAAUUAAUCAUGAGUUCUUAUGAUUUAAAGUAGAGAAGGCAGAGAUAUGAGAGACUAGGAAUCAAUCUGGCCUUAGCAUAUGUAUUCAGGUCAUAAUUAAUAUUGCUACUUUGAUCUUUGUUCUAAAACCAGUAAUUUGAUGGGCUGGCAUUGUAUGUGGGAAACUGGUCAAUUAAAAGCAGCUUUCUUAAUAUAAACUUACUUGUGAGUGAACCUUUGUUGUGAAUGGCACUGACAUCGACCCCUACAUUUCUUAAAAAGCAUGUGUAUUCCAUUGGUACACCUGUUUCUGAAUCAAACACCUCCUCUUGCACAUGGUAAUUACAUGUUUGCUGUUUGAAAUAACAGAAAUAAAACUUACCUUGCAAAUGUAACGAAUUGUAGUAUCGAGUUUUUGGUUUAUUUUAUUGACUAGACAUGUACAAAUUUUCAAAGUCAUAGAAAGAAUACUAUAAUUAAUUAGAAAAUCCUAACAAUAAUUAGCUCACCAAGACACCUGAUACUUUUAAAGAGAUGUUGAUACAUAACUUGAGAUAUUAUUUAGUAAAAUAAGAUAUAUGUAAGAUUUUGUUUUAAUAUUUUCUCAUGGUUAAAAACAAAAUCCAUUUUUAUCAGCCAUUUAGAAAGACAUGGCUUUCAAAAACUAAUUAAACCCUUUUCUUUAUUGCAAGAAGGCAAUUAUUUAAUGCCAGUAUUUAAUACUAACAAUAUCAAUGGAUUUGCUGUACUAGUGCCUAGAUACCAUUCACACCUCUUAGUGCAGUUCCAUGACUUAAAAUUGCUUAUAUGCCAGUUGCCUUCUUUAUCCUGAAUGUUUUCAUUUGCAAAGGACUACUUCUUUCUUUGGUAGAAAUAUCAUUUUAGAAUACCAAGUGCAGUCCUGAGAUCAAAUUAGUGGGAGGGAAAAUCUAUGCCUUCCAGAGAAACAGCUGAACAUAAGUGAGUAAUUUUACAUUUUUGUUUAUCACCAUAUUACUCAAGAUGGGGAAGGGACUACAGCAACAUUGAAAGCAAAUGAGUAAUUUAAAAUCUUAUCUAGCUUUUGCAACCCUUGCAUUUACAGUAGCUGCAGUAAUAAAAUACACAAAAUGCAUUCCUAAAGCAGUUUCUGACACUAUAUGCAUUACACUGCUGUAGUUUAUGAUUAGCAAGGGGAAGGAUGCAGGAAGUCCGAGGCUUUUACUGGAAAAUGUAAACUUAUAAAAAUAGAGCUUGGUUGUUGGUUGUCUGCAAAUUUACAGGAAAAACUUGCACUUCAGAUCAUUUAUUGAAAAAGAUUCCAGCAGAUUAGUCAGCAGUAGCAUGUAAUUUGUACAAAAUCCAUCAUAAUUACACUGUUGUUAUAACAGGCAUUCUUAAACAGGUAAGGCUUUCAGGAACACAGAUCCAAAAAAUCACAUGCUGAACUGUUCAGUGUUGCUUUCUUCUAAAUGAACAGCCUGCAAAGAAAUCACGUGAGUAGAGAUACGAGUAGUCCUUAAAUUGUUGACUGCCUUGAAAAAUUAUCCAUCCAAUGUAAGUAGAAAAAUUCAUUGAUUCAAUUUAAAUUUCAUGUACCACAAGAGGUGAAGAUUUAGCACUGUAAGUCUUCUCUAGCUUAACCUGAAGAACAUGGCUGUCACGCAAUUCAUCUUAAGAUUAAGGUGUACUAUUUAUUUUCUUCCAGAUGUCUUUUAAAAUUUCAUUCUACUGUUCCAUCCUUUAGUGAUACAAACCCCAAACUGAAACAGCUACUAUGUGUUGUUACUAUUUCAACUGCUCAACAGCCUUGCUUCAGGUAUUCUGUCCUCACAUUUAUCACCCCUGUGUAGCAGCACGUUAUAGAAGCACUGUUAUUUGUGUAUUUGUAUACAUGUUUACC